UCCGCCUCCUCCUUUGCAAAGCAAGAUGGCAGCCGUCGUAGAGAGGACUGAUGGAGGUGUCGGGUCCUUGGACUCGGACUCAGUGUCCACGCGACAGUCGAGCCCUCCACCGGACCAGCCGCACCAGAACAACCCGCUGUUGGGACUGCCCAUCGUCGCCAUCGAGACCGUCCUCAAUAUGCUCUCUUACGAUGAAAUUAGCCUGCUGCGCUCGGUGUGUAAGCGCAUGGACAUGAUCUGCCAGCGUGUCCUGAAUCAGGGCUUCCUGAAGGUGGAGCGUUACCACAGUCUGUGUCAGAGACAAGUCAAAGCCCAGCUGCCCAGACGAGAGUCUGAGAGGAGGAACCACUCCCUGGCCCGUCACGCUGACAUCCUGGCCGCCGUGGAAACACGCCUCUCUCUCCUCAACAUGACCUUCAUGAAAUAUGUUGACUCCAAUCUCUGCUGCUUCAUUCCUGGAAAGGUGAUCGAUGAGAUUUAUCGCGUUCUGCGUUAUGUGAACUCCACCCGAGCCCCUCAGCGAGCUCAUGAGGUCUUGCAGGAGCUCAGGGACAUCUCCUCCAUGGCCAUGGAGUACUUUGACGAGAAGAUCGUCCCCAUCCUGAAGAAGAAGCUGCCUGGAGCUGACCUGUCCGGCCGCCUCAUCGGGUCCACACCAGUGGCAGGUCCAUCUACCUCCCUGACCACCAUGUCCCUGUUGGCCAAGAACACACCGUCGCGCUCGGAGAUGACCAAGGUGCAGCAGCAGGUCAAGGUGAACGGGGCGUCGAUGACGGUGCUGCGCAGGGAGAUGCAGGAGAUCCGCGUCAAGCAGCUGGAGCAGCAGAAGCAGCUGCAGGACCAGGAGCAGAAGCUUCUGGAACAGACCCAGGUGAUUGGUGAGCAGAACGCCCGCCUCGCGGAGCUGGAGCACAAGCUCCGGGAACUGAUGGACAGCAACGCCGCUGCUAUGGGAGGAGCCAGGCCUGGCACGGCUGUCCCCUCCACGUCCAGCAGCGUGUCUUCCACUGCUGCCAGCACGUCUGCUUCUGUGCUGCUGGGGGGCGACAGCGUGGCUGCAGCCUCGUUACCCUUAGUGCCGGAAGAUCAGGGAGGGUCGUCACUUAAACGCACCAAAAAGAGCCCGGACCUUCCACGACAGUCCAAGCGGCUGCGCAGCAAGUAAUAAGAGACUGUGCAUCACAUAGUUAGGUUUUGUUUUAGGUUUGUAGGUCUGACCGAUCACACGUGUCCAUGCCCCGCCCCCAACACUCAGUACCUGGACUGUCUAUCGAACCAGGCACAAAGAGAUCUCUCCCUGUAUGCUUUGUUUGUGUUGCUUUUGCCAGCAGUGUUAAAAAAGGAUGCUGCUGUCCACAGCUGAAACACUGAGUCUGCGGCGUCACCACCCACACCCACUCAAUCAUUUAUCAUAGCGGGAUUCUAGUUUGCUGAUGUACGUACAGUUUAAAGCCAAAUACAGCCUGAUGCUAAUAUGGUAUCAGUAAUAUUGAGCAUCGCUCGUGUUCACCCACAGCAACGCUGGCUCGCUGAGUCAUGACGAUCCGCUCGGUUAGUUUGGGUUCUCGACAUAGAAGUUAAGACAAAAAAGGAAAAUAUAGAAGACGACAAGAUCAGAGGCGUUUACUCUGAAAUGACUGCAUACAUGUGUUGUGUGUGAGUGAGGUGUUGACCAGUGUGAAAACAUGGACGACUACAUGUUUCACUCACAGUUAGUGUCUCUUAAAACAGACACACACAUACACCUGCUGAGGUCUAUGGUGCGACACACACACACACACACACACACACACACACACACACACACACACACACACACACACACACAGUCUCCCACACCAAAGUUCACAUGUGACAUAUUUAUGACUUCAGCACAAUUGUAUGAAAUGAGGCAGCAGCAGACUUUAGUGUGGGACAGUUUGUGUGUGUGUGUGUGUGUGUGUGUGUGUGCGCACACUGACUGUGUCUGUACUUCACACAAUCACACUUAAAAAACCCAUUCAUGAAAAAAGACCUUUUUUCCUGACAGUUUCAUCAUCAUGUUUUGCUUUUUUGUGAAACGGCAAUGUGCAAUAUUAACAAUCAUCUAAGAAGUCUGAGAGUCAUUUAUUUUCCUUUGUGGUCGUUUUUUCCCUCCUGACUGUGAGUCUGAUCACUUUAGUGAAUCCUGUUACAGGCAGUGAUCGGGUCGCAUUAGUGGGGAAACUGCUGCUCUGCUUGUGUCUAAACACAGACACAACAAUAACGUUUGGAGGGUUUGUGCUCUCUCUCAACCUAAUGGCCAUUUAUUAUUGGACUGUGUCUUUAAAGGGUCAUAGCAGUGAUUUCUCUUUAAUAUCUCACCAGGUCUACAACAAAUAUUGCACAUUUCAACACAUCUAAAUAUUCUAUAGUGAACACGGAUUAUGUUUAUGAUGAUUCUGAUUAUUUGUAGUCGGAACUCUGACUUCCAACAUGGAACAACCGCAGCAACCCCAACACGCCACUCCACCGUACCAACACUGCUGCUGUUACUGUAAAUAUCUCUGCUGUCACACCUUUAAACGAGGAUAUGCAGCAUUUACAUCAGAGCUCGCAGCCGUGAGUGACAUCCCAGGGGAAAGAAACGUGGAUGCUGGGCUGUACACCAGUCGAUAACGAUGAGUGUGGUAUUUGACGCACAAACGUUAAUUACAGAAGUGGUUACUAUGCCUGAGUCAUCAGAGAUGAAAGUCUUAGUUCAGAGGGCGUUACCAUCCGCAGCAGUAGUUAUUUAGAGAAAAACUUGGGGGGUGACGGAACUCCCAGCUCAGACUUUAAUGUCGUCUCUGUUCAUUUGACAAACCUGCACAUCAUGACUUGUUCUUCCUCCAAACAUCAACUGUCUCUAACUUAGAGAAAUGCUUUCACACCAAUUACUAUUAUUUUAAAUCAUUUGGCCACGUGCUCGCCAAAGUCUGAACGACUGGAAAGAAUAAGAAGUUUGAGUUUUUGUAAAGAAUAAAAAUGGCUGUAAGUCACCAUCUGAUCUCUUGGUUUUUGACAUCGAAGGAACAUGUUGAACAUGAACACGUGUUCGCCGCAGAGCGCUCAGCCGGUGUUUGGUCUGUUAUUUGUCUUUUUUCUUUGAGCUUGUGAUUCAUUAUGAGACUGAGUUUAACAAAUCCCUGGUUAAGCUCGCUCUGUUUCUGUAGAUGAAUCAUUUUUCAUUAAAAGAGAGAAAAUGGCAGAAAAACCAUUUGAUCCUUAGAUCACAUUUUGUCCUGACUUUUAAGAAAGAAUAAAUGUGUUCACUUCCUCUCUGGAAUCAUGCAGACAGUGUUGUCUUUGCUUCUCGCCUGAGAUAUUUCUCAUGUGUGUGCAGAUGCUGCUCAGGGAGUUACACAAACACUUCAUGGUGUGUAAGAUUUCAUGAGUCUUUUGGCACACAUGGCCAUUUCAUCCUUUCAUAUUUCCAAAACGUGGACUUUUUAAGGUAAAAUUUGAAAAUGUUACCUUUGUCUUUGAGACGUAGUUUCAGUAUGUGCUGCUGUUCCCUCUGUGCACGACAUCCAUUCUAUAAAUUGUUGCUGAACACUCUUCUGGAAGAGGAAGCCACCGUGCAUAUGGAAUAUGUGGCUUUAUUCACCAUUAUUUUCAUAAUUCAUCAGGAUUUAUUUUCUCAAUUAGUCUCAAAAACCCCUCAAUGUUCUCAAACCAGAAUUAUUUUUGUUAUGAUUUCUUUAUUGUAUGGAACAAAGAAAAUGAGUUAUUCACAUAAGAAGCUCAAUGUAGUUUUUAAUAUUUUAAUUUAAAAAAAAAACAACCCAGAUCAAACAAUUAAUUUAGUUAGUUCUCGAUUAAUAAUCAAUAAAUCGAGUAAUCAAGAUUUUGAAGGUUGGUUGAAAUGUCAAAUUCACCAGUAGAUGGCGCUAAAUGACACACACUGUUGUUCUUAGAUGAUGUUUAAAGUCUCAGCUGUGAGCUCAUAUUGUGGCUGCGCUGUGUGGACGACCUGAAGCGCUCAUGAACACUUUGGUGAGUGUGAUAUCGGGUGAAUGAUAACAACACUCAUAAGAAGGUGUAAAUCUUAGUGGCUUCAUUUGAGACUACGUCUCAGUUUAGGACAAGUGUACUGUAAUCUCCAUGUACUUUAAAGUGUAGAUUGUGAAUUAUUUCAUGUAUGUAUACCAAGGAAACCAUCGUUUGGGUUGGCCGACUUGGUGCUAAGUGUACGGUUUUGUUGCUCACACAAUCGUUACAAAUGUACAAAUCAAAACUAUUAAAACUCAGUUUAUCCACA